AUGAGUAUCCAUGGCGAUAACCCACAAGAGCAAUACAUGAGAGAACGCUAUGAGUAUUUCAGGGGUCACGCAAAGAUUGGACUUGAGCACCUAGAGUUUGAAACACCAUUGUACGGCUCAAGGGUUUUUGAUCCGAAGAACGUCAACAGGCUAGUAAGGGUAUUCGAGCUCGAACAAUGUUUGCGGCUGGAACCCGCCCAUCACAUUGCGGCUAUCAUUGACGAAGAGGCUCUACAGCAAGCUGUGACUUUGAGUGAUGUCACCCAGGAACAGCUAACGGACGCAUCUAAUCUACCGUGGCUCUUCCUGCCGGAAGGCUAUCGACUUUCCUGUUUGUACGGUAAGCACCGUAUAGCGGCAGCUAAGAAAUUUUUACUUCCAGGAGAUCGGUGGUGGCCUGUCACUCUGUACGGAAGUCUCCCGGAGCAUGUGAAGCAAAGAUUAAUAAGUGAGGCUCCCAACGCGAAGGAAUACGAGUUUGGGGAUAUCUUCCGUAACCUCCGAUACAGCCAGCUCGCUCAUGACGACGGAACCAUAGGGGUUUGGAAAUCAAGAUUGUCAAAACGCAGAAGUGAAGAUCUCGAACGUCUAUCACGCAGAUAUCCGAUGAUAAUCAGGUACUUGGAUCGGCUGCUGCCGUUUGCUGGUCUCUGGGCAGAUAUCUGCUUCACAGCAUUACGGCGGCUGGACCGUGUGAAAUGCCCAAAUGAAAUCAUCCACUAUUUGGACCGCAUUUAUCAGAUCUGGUCGUCUCUGUUUCCAGAGGGUUUAACCCACCACGUCGAUUCCGCGUCGGUCCGACAUGUGCAAAACCUAAUGCCACAGCAAUCGAGCGCAGAUGGCAGAUUCGUCACUCAUCUUAUGGCCGAAGGCUGUUUGUUUCCCUCGCUAAAAGAGCCCGAGCAUCGGGAUGACUUGCUGCGGAAACUCGUUGCCGUCCCAGGCCGAAUAUUGUCCUUACAUUCACUAGCUCAAGACACACUCCUUUUGGAGUCCUGCGCCACUAGUCUUCAAUGCCUCGUUCCUGGGGGAUUCAAGGACUUGAGAUAUGCCCUGCUAAGUAGGUUUAGCGGGGGCGGGAACAGUUGGCCUGUUCAAGUCGCAGAAAAUGCUACUGAGCAAGUGACAGUGGGCUAUAGUGGUAGUCCAGCUUUGUAUCAGGCGCUACGAGCGUCUUCAGCUUACGUGCAACUAUGGUUGUUUGCAGUACGAUAUAUAGAGAGCCUAGCCGACACAAAGCUGGCCGGGCCUCUGGACGAGAAGAAAAUCGAUUUACAAAUAUCUCAGCCGGCUAAAAUAGAGGCAAGGCGUCGGCUAGCCUUUUUGGCUUGUGGGCUGGGAUUUGAUUCCGAUGAAAUUCAAUCUAUCCGCUUGCAGAAUACAAUGAAAACUGUCACAAGGAAGUUUCUAGUAGCGAACCGACCCAGGGAGCUGUAUAAUUAUCCUCGAGGAUGGGAAGAAAACGGUACGAAGCGGGUCGUUGACAUACUGAAUCUUCCACGCGUGAGAAGCGACUACGAGACCAUUAUCCCUCCAUUCACCGUGGAUAGGUAUAGCGAGGCACCAAAAAUUGGACAACGAUGCGGGCUGCCUUCCCAAAGGGAGCACCGGGAAAACUGCCAAUUCUUGUACGUCCCCCAGGUAUACAGUCCAGAUCAAGCCUCGGGGACCUAUCCGUCUGCGUUCGCUAUUAUGCGCGAUAUAUUCUUCAGUUUCUUUGGGGCCAGAAUAUUUCCAUCUGAGUUUGUCUCCCCUUGGUGGAGUACGUCUCCAUCGUUGUCUGAACCGAAUCUUUCAGAGAAUGAUCACACACAGGUGGAAGAGGCAAACAACGCAUCACCUACAUCUUCAAUCGGCUUGGAGUCCCAUCCACCAGGGACGCCAACACAACUAGUUGAAGAUCAAGGGCAACUAUCUGUGGAGAAUCAGAGUAUGCUGCCAGAUGUAGACAUGAGCCAGGCCUUGAUCCUACGGCCCCCGAUGGCCCCGGGGUUCGAAGAUGAAGAUGGAGUUGCUCCGUUGAAUUUAAGAGUAUACAUGCCUCAUCAUAGGGGGGCAAAAGAGAUCUUGAGCGUGUGGAACCAGUCCCACGAUGGAAACCUAGCGGUGUUUUACUUUUUCAAGACACGGGAAUACUGCAAGUUUGAUGUUCAGGACAUCGAACUACGUUCACAUCUCGAGUCCUUCGUAUUCUCUAUCGCUAACGACCACCACUUUGUCGCCAUUGAGGACGGUGCACUCAUAGCAGUGAGCCCAGUACAAGCUGUGGAGGAUAUAGGACCAGGCCAAGUAGUCCUUGUUUCGACGGAUCUCGAGCACACAGAGCCACCAAUGGUACACUUCUGGGAUUAUAUGUGUUCUUUUGACCCAAAAACAGGGAAAAGGCCUGCAGAAGAAGAAGGCUCAAGGCCUGAAAAAAUGCGCAAUCGUUCGACACAGCACAGUGAAUAG